GAGCCAAGGACCCGGGGUCACGCGACCGUCGGGUGGGCGGAGCCAGCGGCCGGGGAGGUUCUAGGCUGUUCGGCGUCGCGGCAGCCGCCCCCUUGUCCGCGGUCACGUUGAGCCACCGCCCGGGCCUGGAGUCGGUCGUCCAGCCGCCGCCCGCCGCCCGCCCACCAUGGAUCCCCGCAAAGUGAACGAGCUGCGGGCCUUCGUGAACUUGUGCAAGCAGGAUCCGAACGUGCUGCACAUGGAGGAAAUGCGCUUCCUCAGGGAGUGGGUGGAGAGCAUGGGCGGUAAAGUGCCACCUGCAACUCAUAAAGCUAAAUCAGAGGAAAAUAUCAAGGAAGAAAAAGCAGAUGGUAAGAAGGCGGAGGAAAACAUCGAGGCGGACGAGCCGUCGAGUGAGGAGAGCGAUCUAGAAAUCGACAACGAAGGUGUGAUUGAGCCAGACACUGAUGCCCCUCAGGAAAUGGGAGAUGAAAAUGCAGAGAUAACCGAGGACAUGAUGGAUCAGGCAAAUGAGAAGAAGGGGGCUGCCAUCGAAGCCCUGAAUGAUGGGGAAUUGCAGAAAGCUAUUGAUCUGUUCACGGAUGCCAUCAAGCUGAAUCCUCGCUUGGCCAUCCUGUAUGCCAAGAGAGCAAGUGUCUUCGUCAAAUUACAGAAGCCAAAUGCUGCCAUCCGAGACUGUGACAGAGCCAUUGAAAUCAACCCUGACUCGGCCCAGCCUUACAAGUGGCGCGGGAAAGCACACAGACUUCUGGGCCAUUGGGAAGAAGCAGCCCAUGAUCUGGCCCUUGCCUGUAAACUGGAUUAUGACGAAGAUGCUAGUGCGAUGCUGAAAGAAGUUCAGCCAAGGGCCCAGAAAAUUGCAGAACAUCGGAGGAAGUAUGAGCGAAAACGUGAAGAGCGAGAGAUCAAAGAGAGAAUGGAAAGAGUUAAGAAGGCUCGAGAAGAGCACGAGCGAGCGCAGAGGGAGGAAGAAGCCAGACGACAAUCAGGAGCUCAGUAUGGCUCUUUUCCAGGUGGCUUUCCGGGGGGGAUGCCUGGUAACUUUCCUGGAGGAAUGCCUGGAAUGGCAGGGGGUAUGCCUGGAAUGGCAGGCAUGCCUGGACUCAAUGAAAUUCUUAGUGACCCUGAGGUUCUUGCAGCCAUGCAGGAUCCAGAAGUUAUGGUGGCUUUCCAAGAUGUGGCCCAGAACCCAGCAAAUAUGUCAAAAUAUCAGAACAACCCUAAGGUUAUGAAUCUCAUCAGUAAAUUGUCAGCCAAAUUUGGAGGUCAAGCAUAAUGCCCUUCCAACAAAGCCCUUCUGAAGGAUAAGCAGCCUAGUCACCUAAUGGAUGUCGCAAUAAUACAAACCAGUGUACCUCCGACCUCGUGGCUGAGAGAGCUGGGUGCUGAGACGACGGCCCCACCCCUCUGCACCAAAUGCAACAGAAAUGUUUGACAGUGAUUUGCCAUUAGGGCAUUCAUCCAGAUAAUGUUUUACUACUAGGAAUUAUAAACUUUAAGUUUUUUAAACCUUAUAAAUAUUUAAAACAAAUUGAAAGGGUGUUAAUUCCUCCAUUUUUAUUUGCUAAUCAUUUUGGGAUUUUUUCCUUUGACUUACCGGGCAAGGAAAAUACACAAGAACAAAAGAUUGAUUGCUCUAGUGUGAGUGGAAUAAAGAUUUAUUAGUUGGCAGCAUAUAUA